AUGCUCUUGUUCCUCUUCUUGUUUGGUCUGGCUCUGGGUGCUGAGCCUCCUUCAGACGACCAGCAAGUGAAGCUUCAGCGUGCUAACUGUCCCAUGUUCUGGUACAGCUUCAACGGCCGCUGCUACAAGUACAUCGCCACAGACAUGACCUGGGCUGAUGCAGAGCUCCACUGUGUGUCACAGAGAGCCAACCUGGUGUCUCUCCACAGUCUGGAUGAACAGAAUUUUGUCAAAUCCCUGAUAAAGAACUUUGAUCAUGCUGAGGGGAUGACAUGGAUCGGACUCAGUGACGUACACAAAGAAGGCAGGUGGAUGUGGUCUGAUGGGACUGCAGUGGACUUUGUCUUUUGGAAAACAGGAGAGCCAAACAAUGGUCUUGGAGGACCAUAUGAACACUGUGUUCACAACAACUACCCUGGGACUCUGAAAUGGAAUGACGGGCAAUGUUCUGCAACUUUUCCCUCUGUUUGUGCUUCUCGUAUAAUUCAUCCUUAGCACCUGAGAUAGUUACAUAUGUCUGAUUGAACCUGGUCACUGUUCACCUGACCACUGAUGCUGACCAUUUUCAGAUCAUGAUCAGUGUAUUGUCAUUCAUUGUGCAACAAAGAAAUAUCUGAACAGAUCUAGCAUUAUGAGUAAACUGUAAUCAUAUGAAAACAUUUUACCCUUCGAUUUGUUUACCUGCUUGU